UCUGCUUUCUAGCCCUUCCGCAUUGUCUUGGCUUGGCUACGCGCAUCUCUCUCUUUCGCGUCUUAUUUGGUUAUGGAAAGAGAAAAUCAAAACUAAGCCACCUCACACAACCUGACUCUUACAUCUCCGGCCGCCGUAUCCUCCGCCGCCUCCAUUUUCUCACAUUCUUUAUCUUUUCAUUUUCUUCCCGCUAGUUUAAAGGAAGGGAGAGCAUGAGGUCUCCAUUCAAGGGAAUAAUCCAAGAUGUGAAGGGAAGAGUUGCAUGUUACAAGGAUGACUGGAUCAGUGCACUUUGUUCAGGCAUUAGGAUAUUGGCUCCAACUACUUAUAUUUUCUUUGCCUCUGCACUUCCUGUUAUUGCCUUUGGAGAGCAAUUGAGUAGAGACACAGAUGCAAGUCUGAGUACGGUGGAGACCUUAGCUUCCACUGCUAUUUGCGGAAUAAUCCACUCAAUUUUUGGUGGCCAGCCUUUGUUGAUACUAGGAGUUGCCGAACCUACUGUUAUAAUGUAUACUUAUUUGUACAAUUUCUGCAAAGGAAGAGUUGAGUUAGGCCAGACUUUGUAUUUAGCCUGGGCUGGUUGGGUUUGUGUUUGGACGUCACUUCUGCUUUUUCUGCUUGCAAUUCUUAAUGCUGGUAAUAUCAUCACUAAAUUUACAAGAAUUGCAGGGGAGCUUUUUGGCAUGUUGAUUACAGUUCUUUUCAUUCAAGAAGCUAUUAAGGGACUUGUUAGCGAGUUCAACAUUCCUAAACAUGAGAAUCCCCAGUUAGAAAAAUACCAGUUUCAGUGGCUGUAUGCAAAUGGGUUACUUGCAAUCAUUUUCUCAUUUGGUUUGCUCGUCACUGCCCUAAAAAGCAGAAAGGCGAGGUCAUGGCGAUAUGGCACUGGGUGCCUCCGAAGUUUUAUUGCAGACUAUGGGGUUCCCCUGAUGGUCUUGUUGUGGACUCUGAUGUCUUAUAGUGUACCGAGUAAAGUUCCUAUUGGAGUUCCCAGGAGAUUACACUCUCCACUUCUUUGGGAUUCUAUAUCACUUUACCAUUGGACUGUUGUCAAGGAUAUGGGCAAGGUUCCAGUGGUUUACAUCUUUGCUGCAAUUGUACCAGCCAUUAUGAUAGCAGGUCUAUACUUUUUCGACCACAGUGUAGCUUCACAGAUGGCACAACAAAAGGAGUUCAAUCUCAAGAAUCCAUCAGCUUACCAUUAUGAUGUAUUCUUGCUUGGAUUUAUGACAUUAAUCUGUGGGCUGCUUGGACUACCUCCUUCAAAUGGUGUCCUCCCCCAAUCACCCAUGCACACUAAGAGCCUAGCAGUUCUUAAGAAGCAGUUGAUUCGAAAGAAGAUGGUACAAAGUGCCAAGGAAUGCAUUGAGCGGAAAGCUAGUAAUUCAGAAAUUUAUGGAAGCAUGCAAGCUGUUUUUAUAGAAAUGGACACAGCUCCACCUACUGCUUCAGUAGAUAAAGAGUUGAAGGACUUGAAAGAGGCUGUAAUGAAACCCUAUGAUGAAGUGGAUAAAAGGGAAAAGUUUGAUCCUGACAAACACAUCGAUGCUUAUUUGCCUGUGAGAGUUAAUGAGCAGAGAAUGAGCAAUUUAUUACAGUCACUGCUUGUUGGAUUAUCAACAUUUGCUCUGCCUUUCAUAAAAAAGAUACCUACUUCAGUUCUCUGGGGGUACUUUGCCUACAUGGCUAUUGACAGUCUCCCUGGAAAUCAAUUUUGGGAAAGGAUAUUACUACUUUUCAUUCCCCCUAACAGACGUUACAAAGUAUUGGAAGGCGUUCAUGCUUCAUUUGUGGAGUUGGUGCCAUUCAAGCAUAUUGCCGUAUUCACAAUUUUCCAAUUUGUGUACCUUUUAAUUUGUUUUGGCGUGACGUGGAUACCCAUAGGCGGAGUGUUGUUCCCACUACCAUUCUUCAUUCUCAUUGGCAUAAGGCACUCUAUCUUGCACAAGUUGUUCCAUCCUCACCAUCUUCAAGAACUAGAUGCUGUUGGGUAUGAAGAAAUUGCUGGUACUCCAAAACGAAGUCGGAGUCUUAUUCUCAGGGAGAGAGAACCGCUUGACAUGAUGGAAACAAGUGACGAAGAUGAUUUCUUUGAUGCGGAGAUACUGGACGAAAUGACUACACACAGGGGGGAAUGGAAACUUAGAACUCUGAGCUUCAAGGAAGACAAACUAAAUCAGGUGCAUCCACAGGAUUCUGAUGGUCGAUUACAGUGAGGCAAUAGCAAUUAGGAUAUAGAAUGAGCUUACUACAGUGAAGAUGGUGUUCAGCUAUGAUCUUCUGCCUGACCAGAGGCAGAUGGGGGAAAAACAAGAAAAUCCUACAAGUACAAAAAGCAUGUGUGCUCGCAUGUACUUGAUACUGUUACUGCGAAGUGCAUUCACAGAAGACAAACAUGACGAAAAAGCAACAGACCAUAAAUGUCCUCUCGGUUUAAUCUUUCCCAAGUUUUGUGAGUAGUUAAAGGAGCAUUUAGGUGGUUAACUAACAGCUAGCUCUAAUGGACUUGUGAUCAUUUGCUCGUAACAAAUUAUGGGCGAAAGGGACUGGGAAAUAGAGAAGAGCAAGGCGAUCCGGAUAUGCUGCAAUGCAUUGUUGAAUCGUGAUUAAUGCACUUUAUUUAUUUUUUUGAAAUAUCGAAAAGAUAUAGAUCAAUUUGAAUUGUAAUGGCGUGAGAAAAGGUACUGAAGUCUAUAUUUAAUCUUCCAAUAAAUUUAAUACUAAUCAAUGUAUUCAAGAGCUUCA